AUGAAUAAGCUGAACAUUUUAUGGACAAAAGCUCAACAGCGGCUUACUGAACCCAAGUUAAAGUCACUUUAUAGCGAUCUGAUGAUCCAAGACAAAGAAGAAAUAACCUAUAAACGAGUGAAGAGUGAAGGAGGUGAUAAAGAAGGCCUAAUAGAGGCAGAAUUGAGGCGUAAACUUACCAAUAUUAUGAAUGUCUACGGACUUAGAGAACAUUUCGAAGACAAAAAUGUUGGCCGGCAAAAAAUGGACCCAGCGCACAACUCCGCCGCUGAUGACUAUAUCAACAGAAGUAUGUUCAAAGACAAGAAACUGAACAUGCUAUGGGCGAAGGCUGAGGCGUCGGGAUUCACGCCCGAGGAGCUCUCGGCCCUGAAGGAGGAGUUCACGCAUCACCAGGAGAAGAUAGACCAGUAUUACGAGCUGCUGGGCAACGUGGAGACAGACGGAUAUGAGGGUUUCAAGAACGCUGUGAACGACGAGGAGAUAGACCGCUUCAACGAGGUGGUCCCCGACACUAACGAGAUCAUCACCAAGGACUUCGUGGACCAGGCCAACCUGCUGCGCGAGAAGCACCGAGGCCUGCGCGACGGACUCGACCGGCUGCAGAGGAUCGCCGCCAGAGGUCCCACAAACAAGGAGUUCAUAGAGCCAAAGGUGCAGGGGCUGUGGCGUAUGGCGGCCGCCGCCAAUUUUACCCCCGACGAGCUGGCAUCCAUAAAGGCGGAAUUGCAACACUACGAGUCGAGGCUGCUCAAACUGCGCCACCUACAGGCCGACCACGUAAGCAAUCUAGAGAAACAUCAUACCAAGGUGGCCGCCGCCGGUGACAAGAUGGACAUGUUCGCCAAUCAACAGCAGCAGAUCAAGAAGCACUCUAGAAAGGUCGAGAAGAUGCACAAGGACCUGGAGAGCAAGAUCCGCGAGCGGCACUGUAAAAUAUGUAUAACGGGGGCUGCGGCGGCGCCCCAAAAGGCAACGAAACGCAGCUGGCAGCGGGCUCACUGGAAUCACAUUCCGAGCUACGUAGCACUGGGCGCCGGCGCGGCGGCUACGGCGGCUACGACGGCUACGGCGGGCUACGUCGGCGCGGCGCCGACAACAAAC